UAAUAACAGCAACAAGAAAAAAUAUUAAUAAUUGAAUCACACAAAACUUGCACCUGUUUAUAAUGUACAGAGAGAGAGGUGAUUUGAGUGAAUGUAUUUGCAUGUAAAAUAGAGUUAGAAGUGAAAGAAUAUCUUGUUUAACCUAAAGUGCUGCUCCUCUCAGCCGCUCGCUGAACAGAUCAGACGUGGAGAGAGGUGCGCGCGCGCUGGGAAAGAGAGACCUCGCGCUCGUGCGGCAGAACUGCCGAGUUUCAGAGACUAAAUAAGAAGGAGACUUAGGAAGAGCUUGUCUUCUGGACCAGUGGAGUUUGGACAUAUUAACAUGCUUUAUUGAGGCAGUAGCCGAUGCUCUUGUUUGAUGAUCGUACAGUCACAUGUGGCUCUUCAAUAGCUGUGAGACGUCCAGCAGUAACAUGCAGCAAUAACUGAUCGACUCAGUAGUGGCAUUACAUUUGUCCAGCAGUAUGUUGAGGCAUUGGGGGUUUGCUGUGUUCCUGUUAAGCGUCCAGAUCCCGGUCCAACCCAGACCCACUAAUGCUCUCAGCUACAGACAGCGGCGCUCAGUAGGACAUGCACAGAUGAUGCACGACAGGGGACGAUCCCUGCAUGACCGGAAGAGGCGUACGUUUAUCCAGGAUCUGCUUGAGCAGGUGCACACAGCUCAGGUGUGGGACUCCCCCGGGCAGAGCGAGGGAAGCAUCCAGACCCCGCCGUGGUCCAAACCGAUGGGCAGCACCAAAAACUUCCCCUUGAGCUUUCAAAUGGAGACUAUAGGGACGAGAGACGACCUGCCGCAGGAGACCAGCAAGACCCUGAGAUACCAGGAGCAGCCACUGAAAGCUGUGACCAAGAGGAAGAGGAAGAUGAGUUUGGGGAGAUGGAGGAGAGACAGGGGGGUGUGGCUUCCGUAUGCAAAUUAGAGACCAAUGAAAGAGCCUGGAUAAGAAUGAAGGCACGGUCACACUGACAGCGAUUCGACUGAAUCUGGACGCAUAGAGAAGGCUUUAUGCAAAUGAACAGUGAUAAGAUGAUUUGCUGCCUGAUACAGACUUCAUCACUGCUGUUGGUGGAUGCACCUUUAAAAUGUAAAGUUCAAAAAAGACUAUUUCACCGUGGCAUGGGAUAUGAGGGCUCUUCUGCAAAAAAAAAAGUGACUAAAUCAUGGUUUGUUUUUCAUUCAAAAUAAACUUUCUAAUCAGUUCUCUAUUCUAGAGCUUCAUUUGAUAAGUAGAAAGCGCUUCAUAUACAGACUAAUUUGCAUUUGUUAUAAUCAGAGUUUGCUGUUUUAAAUGUAUUCAUUCAGUCAGACCUUUCAUGUAAUAUUUAAUUUAUUUGAUUGGAAUAUUUAUAUUAUAUAUAUUCCCUGAAUGUAUCUCAAUGCUGCUGAUUUUGAGGAGAUUUUCAAAUGCACUUUAGAUAGUUAUGCUGGUCUACAUUCAGAUUUUUGGUAUUUUCUAUUUUUUUAUUUUUUUUUUAUGUAUUAUCCUGCUUUUAUUUUAGUUAAUGUUCUGCUUUUUUCAAAAAAAAAUUAAUUGAGGAGCAAUACAUAAUAAAGCUACUAAAAAUAUAUUUUACAAGAACUUUACAUUCUCAUGA